GCUAUGACUCUAAGUUGACUGCUAUGUCUAUGAAUUUAUUUUGGUCAACGAGUUCAUUAAUUUGCUUAUGAGUUAUGAGCUUCAAGAGGGAUAUUCAUGUGCAUGUGCAUGUGCAUGAUUGAAGAGGAUGACCAACAUGGAGCGAAUGAUUUCAUCUUUCAUGUCUUUGUUUUUUAUUCUUUGGAUAUUCGUGGUGCUUGACUUAGUUCUCAAGGUUUAUGGCCACGCAGAAGGUGAUGCCCUGAUUGUAUUGAAGAACAGUAUGAUUGAUCCUAACAAUGCUCUUCAUAAUUGGGAUGCUACCCUUGUCAGUCCUUGCACAUGGUUUCAUGUUACUUGUAGUGAAAAUAGCGUAAUUCGUGUUGAGCUUGGAAAUGCAAACCUUUCGGGUAAACUUGUUCCAGAGCUUGGUCAGCUCCCAAAUUUGCAAUACUUGGAACUUUAUAGUAAUAAUAUAACUGGGGAAAUCCCAGUCGAGCUUGGAAAUUUGACAAACUUGGUGAGCUUGGAUCUUUACAUGAACAAAAUUACUGGUCCCAUUCCAGACGAAUUGGCCAACCUUAACCAACUACAGUCCCUGCGUCUCAACGAUAACAGUUUGUUGGGAAACAUUCCUGUGGGUUUGACCACUAUUAAUUCACUUCAAGUGCUUGAUUUAUCAAACAACAACUUAACAGGAGACGUCCCAGUCAAUGGUUCCUUUUCAAUUUUUACUCCCAUCAGUUUUAACAAUAAUCCUUUCUUGAAUAAAACCAUUCCAGUUACACCAGCUGCUACACCGCAACAAAAUCCUUCAGGUAAUGGUAUCAAAGCCAUUGGAGUCAUUGCUGGAGGAGUUGCUGUGGGUGCUGCACUGUUGUUUGCAUCCCCAGUAAUUGCACUUGUUUAUUGGAAUAGAAGGAAGCCACUGGAUGAUUACUUUGAUGUCGCAGCUGAGGAGGAUCCUGAAGUUAGCCUUGGUCAGCUUAAAAAGUUUUCACUGCCUGAACUGCGAAUUGCAACAGAUAACUUUAGUAACAAAAACAUUCUUGGUAAAGGUGGAUUUGGCAAGGUUUAUAAAGGACGUUUAACCAAUGGUGAUGAUGUAGCAGUAAAAAGACUUAACCCUGAAAGCAUUCGGGGAGACGAUAAGCAAUUUCAAAUAGAAGUGGACAUGAUCAGCAUGGCUGUACAUCGAAAUUUACUUCGCCUGAUUGGUUUCUGUAUGACAUCUUCUGAACGCUUGCUUGUGUAUCCUUUAAUGGCUAAUGGAAGUGUAGAAUCACGUUUACGAGAGCCUUCGGAAUCACAGCCACCACUUGAUUGGCCAAAACGGAAGAAUAUUGCUCUAGGAGCUGCUAGGGGGCUUGCUUAUUUGCAUGAUCAUUGUGACCCAAAGAUUAUUCAUCGUGAUGUCAAAGCUGCUAAUAUAUUGUUGGAUGAGGAGUUUGAAGCUGUUGUAGGAGAUUUUGGUUUAGCAAGGAUUAUGGAUUACAAAAAUACUCAUGUUACUACCGCUAUAUGUGGUACGCAGGGCCAUAUAGCACCAGAGUAUAUGACAACUGGAAGGUCUUCAGAGAAGACUGAUGUUUUUGGAUAUGGUAUGAUGCUUCUUGAACUAAUAACUGGACAGAGGGCUUUUGAUUUAGCACGAUUGGCCAGGGAUGAGGAUGCCAUGUUGCUUGAAUGGGUGAAAGUACUUGUGAAAGACAAGGAGUUGGAGACACUGUUGGAUCCAAAUUUGCUUGGAAAUCGUUAUAUAGAGGAAGUAGAGGAGUUAAUCCAAGUGGCCUUAAUAUGCACACAAAAAUCUCCUUAUGAGAGACCAAAGAUGUCUGAGGUGGUGAGAAUGCUGGAGGGUGAAGGUUUGGAAGAAAAGUGGGAUGAAUGGUUGAAUAUGACAGAGGAUAUACAAAAUUUCACCUUCAACCUCUGCACUCCUACUCCUAAUGACUCAAAUCCAAAUAUUCAACCAGAUGUUCUGUCAGGUCCUAGAUGAUCUUUGAACACAAACUUUUUAAAUACUGAGACGUUUAGCAAAGGAAGAGAGACGCUUUGUUGAAACUAAUCGCUUCUCUCACAGCUGAAAAAUGUUGGUUUGGUGCACCUUAUAAGUUAGUGAGCCAUUAUUCAGUGGUGAAUAAGUCUUGUGUCUUAACAUUUCCAAGUCUUUGAUCACUGUUGCUUCAGUGCAUGUUCAACAAGUGUUUGUCCUACAUUUUGAAUAGGUUUUUCAUGAACUGUAGAUUCUGGGUUAUAGUAGUCUCAUAUUUUUUUACGUGUAACCUGGCACAGGUAAAUGGUAAUUAAGGGUUGUGGAAUAUAGACAUAGUGAUUUAUUUAUGAAACUAACAGUUAAAAGGAGAUGUCCGAGUCCAUGUUAUUAUUUACUCCCAUCAAGUUGGUGCAAAUACUUUUGUUUAUAA